AUGAGAACGGCAUAUUCCACGACAUUCACGAGAACCCCGAGAACGAAUACGCCACACACACUCAUUAUUGACACGACGUAUUCAACCAAUAUCUAUAACCUCGAGCUUCUAGAUAUCGUCGCUGCUGGACCGAUAAAUGACACGAUUGAGCUCGGCGUUGGCCUUAUUCGACCGAAGCCUGAUCAAGCCGACUUUACUACUUUGCUGGUUGUCCGCUGCCUCUCGUUAUUAGCACUGAUCGAGAAGUCGCCUUAA